AUGGCCGAGACCAAGGUCGAUUAUAGACGCCUUGGUAAAAGUGGUCUCCGUGUCUCCGUUCCCAUUGUCGGAUGUAUGAGCAUUGGAAACCCUGAAUGGGCAAACUGGGUCAUUGGUGCCGACAAGGCCCUCCCCCUCCUGAAGGCCGCCUAUGAUCGUGGAGUCAACACUUGGGACACUGCCAACAUUUACUCCAAUGGCGACUCAGAGAGAGUGAUUGCCCAGGCCAUCAAGGAAUAUCAGAUUCCCCGCCACAAGUUGGUUCUGAUGACCAAGGCCUACAGCUGCGUUGGAGAGCAACAGUUCCACGCAUACCCCAUCAUUGAAGAUCUGAAGAAGACCAAGGAUUAUGUCAACCAGUUUGGCCUCUCCCGGAGCGCAAUCUUUAAGGCUCUCGAUGAUUCCCUCAAGCGUCUGGAGACUGACUACAUUGAUGUCUUCUGGAUCCACCGCUUCGACCCCGAUACCCCCAUUGAGGAGACUAUGCAUGCACUCCACGACCUUGUCGUUGCAGGAAAGAUCCGUUAUCUCGGAGCCUCCUCCAUGUGGACCUACGAGUUUGUCAUGAUGCAGUCAUACGCCGAAAAGAUGGGAUUGACCAAAUUCGUUGCCAUGCAGAACCGCUACAAUAUGCUCUACCGCGAGGAAGAGCGUGAGAUGAACAGAUACUGCAACCUGACCGGUGUUGCGAUUGUCCCUUGGGGUCCUCUCGCCGAAGGACAGCUUGCUCGUCCCCUGAACGUCCGCGGAACUACUGCCAGAUCUACCGGUGAGACUGUCGCCAGCUUGCGCCCUGAAUCCCAGGAAAUCAUCAACAGAGUGGAAGAGCUCGCAAAGCGCAAGGGUUGGACUAUGUCUCAAGUUACACUUGCCUGGCAGUUGAAGCGUGUGGCGAGUCCUAUCAUUGGAUUCAGCAGCGUUGCGAGAAUGGAUGAAGCUUUGUCCGCACGCGGUAAGGAGCUUACUGCUGAGGAAGAGAAGUACCUGGAGGAGCCAUACACCCCCAUGGAAAUUGAGGGCCACUUCUAA